UUGAACUGAAUAGGACGUAGGACGUAAGCGGUGUUCGAUCGAGUCAUGAAUGUGGGAAAGGAUCUGUAGACAUAAACGAAGAUUUUAUAAAUGUUUGAGUGUUUUUCGGAUUAAUAAGUUCAUUUGCCACUCAUAUCUUAAGAGCUGAAGCAAUACAGAAACCUAAACAGCGUAAAUAAUCCGGUUAAAUUUAGAAACAAAAACAGGAACAGCUCAUCAUUUUCAUUAAAUGAGAAAUAUCGACGCUCCUUCCAGCUUCUCUGACAUCGAUGCAGAAGACAUCGAUAUUCUCCGUCCUUGUGAUGAGUUGUCGCCUUUAGUGACACCACGGGGCCUACCAUAUGGACGAUCAGGCCAGGAGACCUGGUCGUGUGCAUGGGCCCCAGACAACUCAUACUUUGCCUGGUCCUGCGGUUCCCGUACAGUACAGCUUGUUCCCUGGGAGAAAAACAAAGGACAGCUGACAGAUGAAGCAAAAGAAUACAACAGCUGUUCUGAAAGAAGACGUAGAUUGGUGAAUCAAAUAGGUGAACAACACCUGACCAGCCUCCGACUGAUUGAAGAUCUGAUACGACAAGAAAGAAAUGACGUCCAUAGUCAACAACGAUACAGAGUUCCACGUACCAUUGAUUGUGGAGGAUUUGUGUCUGCUCUGGCGUUUGGUACAGGGACAUCUAAACAUGAUUAUCAGACGAUGUGGAAACGAUUUAAGUUUGACGAUGUCCUGAUACUUGCUACUGGGUUACUGAAUGGAAAGAUAAAAACCUGGGACUGCAACACAGGUAAUCUGCUGAUGGAACUUAUUGACCACAGGGACUGUAUAAAAGAGAUUAACUUUGCCCCAGACAGAAGCUUGUUGUUUGUUUCUGCUUCUCGUGAUGGGACACUGAAAAUUUGGGAUCUUAAUGAUGACGGCAAUAUGACAAAAACUUUACGAGGGAAAGCAUCAGUGGCCAACUCGUGUAAAUGGUCUCCAGAUUGUAAAAAGAUAGCAUGUGCUGGAAACAAUAAAUCAGUAACAUUGUUUGACACAGAAGAUAGAAAUAAGUGUAUCCAGCUGAAGGGCCACUAUAAUGAUGUGUGUUCAUGUGAAUUCUCCCCUGACGGGGCUCUCCUGGCUACAGCUUCCUACGACACCCGAGUGAUCAUUUGGGAUCCCUACACUGGCGAUGCCAUCGCUGAACUGGGACAUAUGUUCCCAGAACCUCGUCCAAUAUUUGCUGGUGGCGCCAACGACCAUUACGUGAGGGAUUUGACGUUCUGUAACAAUGGCUUACAACUGGCUACAGUCUGUGAUGAUGGCUACAUGCGAGUUUGGGACCUACAGGACGCGAGUAACCCGAAGUCUGUUGCUAACCAUAGCAAUGCCCUGUGUUGUUCAAUGUCCCCGAAUGGACACACCAUUGCUGUAGGUGACAGGGAUGGAGGCAUAGCGUUCUACAGAACUCCCAAUAAAGUUGCCAGUUUGCAGCAUCAAACACGCCGGACCAUCCGCAGAAUUGUUCCAACAACCAUCAUCGACCACCUCCACAUGCCACUUCGCCUCAAGGAGUAUCUAAAGUACCACAACAUCUAGUGUGUCACAACUUACUGACUCUCAAAGAUCUACAGAAGCCACACAAAAAACUUCUAUCCUGGCACUCACUGAAUUCAUCAGCGAAACCACUGUUUCCUAUUUUAUUUUUCCAGGACUUAUCCACAAUGAUCAUGCAUAAAGUUGUUUUUUUCCACAAAUAUGCAUAAUUUAUUUUCUUAAAGGAUCUGACUCACUGUAACAUUUUCAUAUUUAAAUCAAGAUGUUUCCUAAACGUUGUUAGUUUAGAUUUAAAUAUUGCCAUGCUUUUACAUUGAUUGUAGUUUCGCUAUGUUGGAAAUUACUUGGCAAAAUAGGCUUCAAUAGCACUAAGCUUGCUACAAAAAAUUUAAUCAAAAGUCCUUUAUGAAAAUGAAUAGCAUUAUUAUAUACAAAAUAGAGUCAACUCAAUUUUAUCAAUUUUUGUGCAUCCCCAUGAGAUCGAACCUGGGACCUCUGGCUGGGCACUAUAUUGCUGCAAUAUUGCUACAUAGCAGAGAAGAACUUGUCCUUGAGUUUCCAAUGGUUAGUGAUACAUGUGAAAUUAAUACUAUUAAAGCAUACCGGUAAUUUACAGAGUGCUUACAUGGGGGCCAAUGUAACAGUGGUUAAGAUCAAUUGUAUUUAUUUCAGUGCCUCCGCUUAUGAUUCUUACACUCAAAUGAUCAAGAUUUUUCGGAAGUUGACUGUAUAAAAAAUGGUCAUGUGGUAUAUACAUAUGAAUUGAUGUACUUUCGGCGCCAAAUUUAUGUAGCUUACAUUUGAAUUAUAUAAAUAUGUUUGCCUAUCGAUAAAUGCAUUUUGAUCCGUCUAGUAUAUGUGAUGAGCUUUAAUUUCUACCACAACAUAUUUACCUCAGGGAUGUUCUGUUUAAUUAUAUAUCCUACAGGAGGAUAAACAGAAAUGAAGAUUUUCUAUGAAUGUUGAUUGCUAGAGAAAAUGCAGGUUAAUAUAUGGUACUGUUUAAAUAAUCACUUCUGUUGACAAACCUCCCAUCGCACAGAUGUUUUAUUGGAGUAGCCCUCGUUGUGUUAGGCAUUUGAAUGUCAUGUGAUGAAGUUAUGAUUGAUAACUCAAUGGUAAGACCGGACCAUGUUAUACCAUGGUGUGACAUCUGCUGUCUGUCUAGUUUAAUUCCUUUGAAGUAUAUGUAUUUUGAAAUAGUAAUCAGGUGAGUUAUACCUGCUCUUGUGCCUUUGUCAUGCUAUUCUAAUCAACAUUUCCAUAAAGGGAAUUGUUUUUGGUUUUAAUAUCUGGAGCUUAUGAAAGUUGUCAUCUGUUUGGAAUUCAUGUCCUUUAUUUGCCCUUCUUAAUUGAGCAUGAAUUUCUGUGUUUGACUAAAUGUAUUUUGUACCUACCGAGAACUGAGUUUGAAAUUCUUUGCUGCGUUUUUGUUGUCUGUGAGGAUUGUUUCAUAAUGAGCUAGAAUGGCAGUGAUAAAACAAAAAACUUAUAUCAUUGACAAUUAAUUGAUUUGUCUGCAUUUACCGUGAUACAUUCUACCUUGAAUUUCUUUAUGAAUAAUGAUAUCAUCAGCAUUCCUGAUUUAAGGUCCGACAAUCUUUCCAAUUUAUAUUAUUGUUUUAGUCCAUUACAUUGUUUGCACAGGUCAAAAUACAAUUUAUUGUGAUGUUGGUUAGUUUACAUUUUGAUGGGAUCAUGAUGAUUUAUAACAGCUGUCACCGAUCACACAGUACAAUCAGUAAUACAAAUCAGUAUUCAGAUGUUUACUGUAGAAUCUGCUUGUUUACCUGCUUGAAUACUUAGAAUACUUUUCAUGAAUUAAUUGCUGUAUUUAUACGUCUUUAAAGUUACCCAAACCAAAACACUUUCAUCAUUUUGAGAUGUGCCGUAAAUACUCUUUCUAUUGAAUGUUGUUGGCUUUGUUAUCAUGGUUGUUGAUAAUAUAAACCUGAUGGUUUAUUUAAGGUUUUCGUUUUUACCUAGAUGUACAUUGUGAAUAUAUAUUUUGUAAAUUACACCAUAUGAUUUAUCUGUUAUGUUUGAUUUUAGUUUAUCAGUCACCCUGACUGUCAUUGGUUUUGUUUAAAAGAGUUGAUGAAUUGUGGUUUGCCUGGCCUCAACAUUUUACAGGUAAAUUAUGUACUGUUUAUUACAUGAAUAUGUUACAGAUGAUUGAUUACAACUGGUAUAUAUAGUUGAUCUGCUGGACAUAUGUCAUAGUACAGCAGCUGUCCAUUGUCACACAGUUAUAAUAGUGCUAGAAGAUUCAGGGGAAUGAAAUCCCAACAAAGUUUGUGAAAGCGUGACCUUUGAAGGUCAAGGGUCAAUUUUGUUAAAACUUGCAAAAGACUUCUGAUGAUUUAUUGGAAGGCUGACUUUGCUUGUAACUUUUGUCAAAUUCUGAAGUGACUAAUGAUGAACCAAAUGACCUUGAGGUACAAUAUUUAUACAUGUAGCCUGUAUCUUCUGUACAGCUGGCUUACACUGUAGUUAAUCAAGGAUAUUUGUUUGCUUUAGGAUGACCUUGCUGUCUAUCCUAUGUCACAGUGUUCUAAAUUGUUCCAGUUAGCUUUUUCAGAUGAAUAUCUUUUUAUUGAUAUUUUGAAAAUCUCGAAUAAAAAAAGCUGAAGUCUACAGACAAGGAUCAAUUAGCUGUAGCAAAAACAGUUGGUCUGGAGUGCUGUUAGCUUUUGUAGUUUGACCAAAAAGUUACGCAUUGGCCACCAGCUGAGCAAUACAUGCCCAUUUGACCUCAUGCUAUUUAAAUAAUUUAAAUCUUUAGUGCUAAAUUUAGAAUUUUACAAACAGUGCUGAAUGCAGUUGUAGUGCUGAAUCCUAUCAUAGCCAUAGUGCUUUAAUCUGUGACCACAUUUACAGAUGAUAUAGUCCAAAGUAACCCUACAAUAAUAAGGUUGGAUUGUCAUGUUAUAUAGAUGGGGUCUGGCUGGACAGUUUCUAAUACAACAGGAUUCGUGUUUGUCCUGUAACUCAGAUGCUUGCGUUACUGAAGGACAGAAGGUGGUGGUUACUGGUAACGGUGACAGAAUUUCACUGUAAAAUCUCUAGUGCUUAACUCAUUAUUUUACAUGUCCACUGUACAUAUUAUAAUAGCCAUGUUUACAGUAUGUUUGUAGGAUUUUUACAAGUUAUUUCUCCACUAUUUAGUCACUGUACCUUUGGUAUAUCUCAAAUGCUAGCUUGGAACUACAGAAACACUUCAUUGUGGUUACCUUAUAAUUUAUAUUAUAAUACAUUCUAGUGUUCUUAUCAUGAGAGUACCCGAGAAGCUUACUCAAACUUUGGCAGUUCAGCUAUUCUAUGUAUUCAUCCUCUAAGCUUGAGAACCAAUAGUAAUACUUAAGACUCAAAAUGUGUGGACGAGUUUAUCACAUAGCAUUGUGUAUAGAUAGGUAUGAACUACCUACCAGAUACACAUGUUAUAUACACUCUAGGUAGGCUGUGUAUAGACAGGUAUGAACUACCUACCAGAUAAACAUGUUAUAUACACUCUAGGUAGGCUGUGUAUAGAUAGGUAUGAACUACCUACCAGAUAAACAUAUUAUAUACACUCUAGGUAGGCUGAGUCAUUAAAAACAUCCCUGGCUCAUAGCCAAACACCAUCUGCCAAGUUUGUUAACAGCAUUGAAGUUAACUCAUGGAUGAUUCUGUUACAUCUGAAAAAAAAAUGAUUCAAAUUUGUUUAUGCCUGUGAAUAUUUUGUUAUGGUUUUUAUUCCAAAACAAGAUACCAUUUUGGAAGUGUUAGUGGGUAUUAUUUACUGUUCAAAAUUAAUUAAUUCAUUAAUCAAUUUAGGUUAUCAUUUGCUGCUUAAUAGUAUCAGCAUUACCAACAGGUACAGCUUGUAUAUAAUUAAGUUGUUACACAAUGCCAGCAUCACUCUAUAUUGAAAUUACUAUGAUAAAUAAAACAAUUGAAACUGCA